AUGUGGGCGCCGGGGGGCGCGGCGGCGGCGGCGGCGGGCGUGGAGGUGCGGGGCGUCCCGCCCGAGGUGGCGGACGAGCUGCUGGUGCUCUACUUCGAGAACCGGCGGCGCUCGGGCGGGGGGCCGGUGCAGAGCUGCCGGCGGACGGGCGGCCGCGCCCUCCUCGCCUUCCACAGCCCCCACGAUGCGCAGCGGGUCCUCUCCCAGUCCAGCCACGCCUUGCAGGGGGCUGAGCUGAUGGUCCAGCCGGCGCCCCCACGGGAUUACGGCAAGCUGCUGCUGCAGGGCCUGAGCCGGCAGAGCAGCCAGGAGCUGGUGGAGCUCUACGUCGAGCGGCUGCUGGGCUGCCAGGACGGCCAGUGCUCCCUCCGCCGCAGCCCCGCUGGGGACCAGGCCCUGGUCCUCCUGCCCCAGCCCAUCACCCAAGCAGAGUUCCUUGCUUUGGCCGAGCGUGUGCAGAACCAGCCGCUGGAGAAGGCCCGCCUGGAACUGGACUGGGUGGAGCAGACGGACAGCCUCCUCGUGGCGGGGGGUGGGGUGGGGCUGAGCCAAGACCUUCUGGAGCUCUACUUCGAGAGCAAGCGGAGCAGCGGGGGCCCCGUGCGAGCCGUGAGACUGUUGCGAGGGGCCACGGUGGCCGUCGUCUCCUUCCACGACCGUGCAGUGGUGGGGAGGGUGCUGCAGAGAGCCCAUCAGCUCCAGGGCCACAGCUUGGAUGUGUCCCCUUACUAUGACUUCUUGGAGCCCCCCGAGGAUGAGGAACCAGCCACUGAAGCUGCACCCUCCCCAGAAGACGGCGGGGUCUCUUCUCUGUGCGUACCCCUUCCCGAAGCAGCCCCUCGCCGCCUGCUGGAGUCGGUCCUCGUCCUGGAGGAGCUGGGAGCCUGCGUCCCGGAGUGUGCACUUCGCCUGGAGGGAGGGGGGCUGUGCAUCUCCGGGGGGGACGCAGCCCGCCAGCAGCAGCUGCGGGAGAGCAUCCAAGAGGCCUUACGGGGGGUGGUCCAGGAACACCUGCCCUUCUCUGCCUGGGUCCUUGGCUUCCUGCACCGGGCAGAUGUGGAAGAGCACCUGGCGGGGCUGCUCGCGCAGCAGGGGCUGGGGGCCUGCUACCUCCCUGCCGAGGAGGGGGUGCUGGUGGUGGCUCUGAGGCCCUCCGCAGCUCGCCAGGCCACCUCCUUGCUGGGCUCGCUGCUGGCCUCCUUCUCCCUGCCCGUGUCGGAGAGGGAGCUGCUGGCGCUGGCCUUGCCGCGCUGGGCCCGGGUGCAGGCGGGGCUGCGGUGUUGCCUGGUGCGCCUGGCGGAGGACGGUGCGCACCUCGAGGGCCUGACGGUGCGGGGGCUGGAGGAAGAGAACGUGGCGUGCUUGAGGGCUUUCCUGCGAGACGGCGUGCCCGACGAGACAGUGGUGGCCAUGGAGGCGGGCGCCCUGCGGUACCUCCAGCUCUACCACCAGGAGAUCCUGGCCGGCAUCGCCAAUGUCACCCUGCUGCCACUGGAGGGCGCUGAUGUCACAGGCUUCCGGCUGAGUGGCGAGGCCGGGGCAUGCCUGGCGGCCGCUGAAUUACUGCAAAGCCUGGCAGGGGCCAUCCACACCCAGACCCUGACCCUGCAGCUGCCCGGCAUCUGCCGCUUCCUCCUGGACGGGCGCGGACGGGCCGUCCUGCAAGACCUGGAGAGGCGCUUCCGUUGCGUCGUUGGGUUGGAGAGGGUCUCCUGGAGCCCCCUGCUUUUGCAGCAUGAACUGGAAAUGUCUCAGGCGCCGCUUGCCCUGAGUUGCCGGCGGGACUCCUUGUGUGGCUCAGAGCAGCCCCCAGACACCGAACAGGGCCCCACCAACAUGGAAGAGAUCAAGGGCUUGCUGGCGGCUCUCCAGCCGGCCAGCGUGGGUGCUGCUGCGGAAGGGGAGGCCUGGCCCGUGGGGAGCAACGAGGUGGAGAUCGAGGACCUUUACUCUGCGCCGGAGCUAGAAGCAGCGGUGCCGCCCUCUACGGGUGAGGAGGAGGCCCGGCCGAGCAAAGGGGAGGUCCUGGAGGGGGGCCCCCUGUGCCCCAUGGCUGACACGGCUGCAGAGGAGGCCCAGCUGCUGCUGGCCAUCCAGCAGUCGAUGGACAGCGCCCGGCAGGAGGAGGAGGAGCUGCGGCGGGCCACGGAGCUCUCCCUCCGCUCCUACCAGGAGGAGGAGACGGUGCGGGGGGCCAGUCCCGAUGCCGCCCUCCAGGCCGUGCUCAGCAUCUCUCUGGAAGAGGCCCAGCAGACCGCCCACUCGGCCCAGCUGGGCAUCUGCGCGGCCUCCCCGGGGGAUGCUACCCGCCUGGCUCAGGAGUUGGAGGUGGCUCUGCGGGCGCAGCUGCGGGAGGAGACAGUGCACCACGAAGGCCUCUGCUCGCUGUCCGCCCCCUGCCUCGAGUACCGGGCCCACCUGGAGCGCAAGCACGCCGUGCGGAUCUCGCUGGACGGCGCCGUGGCCACCGUCUGUGGCUUUGCUGACUACCCCGUGGCUGCCACCCGUGACCUGGCGCUGCUGCUUACCCGGUUGCUGCGGGCAGAGGCGGCCAGGGGGUCUGGGGGUGUCUGCUGGGUCCACUGGGAUUCCUCGGGACGGGGGUCUCCCACCCCGUAUUCCGCAGAGGCCAGCGCCCUCUUGGAGGAGGCCUGGUGCCGGGGGCACAAGCGGGUGGACGUGUUUUUCGACGGGCACCCCUUCACCAUUGACUUUGAGCGCAUGGAAGAGUAUGACAUCGGCAACGCCCGGACUCUGCCCAUCGGCCGGACUGAGCGUCCAGUGGCCCCCCCAGCUCCCCACAGCCCAGCUGCCCUGGCAGGCGAUGAAGUGAAGCUGCUGCUGCUCCCCGAAAGCUCGGAGGAGUUCCAGGCGACGGUGCGCCAGUUCUACGGCACGCUGGAGGAUUUCCACAACAAGAUCCGCAUCGUAAAGGUCCAGAAGGUGCUGCACCCGCUCCUGUACCAGCAGUACUUGCUGAAGAGAGCCGCCAUGGAGAAGGCGUGCGGGCACCCGGAGGUGGAGCGGAUCUUGUACCAUGGCACCACGGAGCAGUCCAGCCGCGAGAUCUGCCAGUUCGGCUUCAACCGCAGCUUCUGUGGCAAGAAUGCCACGCGCUACGGCCACGGCGUCUACUUUGCUGUCCAGGCCUUCAUUUCGGUGCAGGAGCAAUACUCGCCCAGCACUGCAGACGGCAACAAGUACAUCUUUGUGGCGCGGACUCUGGUUGGGGACUACACCACUGGCAGCCAGGAGCUGCGGGCGCCGCCCCUGUGGGAAGGAGACGUGGCGUUGCGGCGCUAUGACAGCGUGGUGGACAACCUCCGGGCACCCUCCAUCUUUGUCAUCUUCAACGACACGCAAGCCUACCCCCAGUACCUCAUCACCUGCCAGCGCUCCAGGCGACGCUGA